AUGUCUUUUGGGCUUCACCCAUGGGAUGUGGCCUUCAGGCCUUCACCCCCUCACAACCUGGAGAAGAAAGUCCCCCCCCCAGGGGCCGACAGAGAGAAGUCGCUUCCUUCCCCCAAGGAGGACAGUGACGGGGCCCGGGAGCCCGACUCCACGGUGGAUUUGAGGAAGAAGAACAAGAAGAAGAAGAACUACCAGAGAUACGCCAAGCCCCCCUACUCCUACCUGGCCAUGAUCUCCCUGGUCAUCCAGAACUCCCCCGAGAAGAGGCUCAAACUCUCCCAGAUCCUGCAGGACAUCAGCUCUCUGUUUCCGUUCUUCAAGGGCAACUACCAGGGCUGGAAGGAUUCCAUUCGGCAUAAUUUGUCUUCCAACGACUGUUUCAGAAAGGUUCUGAAGGAUCCGCUCAAGCCACAGGCCAAGGGCAAUUACUGGACAGUAGACGUGACCCGGAUCCCCCCCGACGCUUUGAAGCUCCAGAACACGGCGGUGACCCGGCAGGACCUGUUCCCCCUGGACCUGGCCCCCUACAUCCUACAUGGGCAGCCGUACAGGAGUCUGGAGAGGCUUUCGGCCAAUCACACGAGGGGGCGCACGACCCCCAGGAUGGAGCCCGAAGUUCAGAUUCCAGUGUCAGACCCAGCUGUCAGUUUUCCCAUGAUCCUAUGGAAUCUGCCGACAUCCUACAGCAAAUGUGUGGCCCCCAAUGUAGUGGCCCCUCCCAGCAUUCACCCCCUCUUGUUGUACUCCAACUUCCCUUCCAUUUCCAUUUAUAACUACCUGCCCCCGCCCUAUGGCAGCCCCGUGUACUCAGACAGACGAGAGCUUCUUGCCUCCGGCCUGCACCCCCAAAUCCCUCUCACCCCCAAACCCCCAGAGCUGAAGAACGCCCCCAGCGACUUCCCCCCCAACAAGACAGUGUUUGACAUCCCCGUCUAUACUGGCCACCCGGGGUUCCUUGCUAGCCAAAGCUUGUUCAGCCCACACUUGCCCACGGCUACACCCCCCCUCGUGGGCUACCGGCCGUCUGGGCUAUGA